AUGCGAGGACUAUUCGGCAUUGGCAAGAAGAAGGCAGACGAAUCCGCGCAGGCAGCAUCACGCUCAGACCCGGCUUCCACCUCCACCACCGCCACCAGCUCCAACCGGCUCACGAAGCAGCCAAGAUCGACGACAUCACCCGCCCGAACCCACAGCCCUGUCCCUGGUAUGCCCUCGUCGCCGAGUCACGGCCUCUCUUCUCCGUCACCAAGGCUGUCUUCGCCGGCCGGUAGCCAGAUAUUUGAGCGCGACGUCCAAGAAGCAGCACUAAUCCCGAACUCGCCCGCCAUCCCGAGCCAUAUCAUAACGGAAGAUCAUGUCCCACCUGUCCUGAACGCCUCUUCCGAGGCAAUUACCGAUGAUCAUCUUGACCCUGAUACUGUCGAGAUCAUCACACAUGCCAACCACCAGCCUGCUGGCGUUGCGGUCAACGUGGCAGGGAUCCCAGACAACACGUCGACCAGCUGGCAGGAUGACCUCGCCGCCAGCCUGUCCGCAGCCGACUUCAGGGCGCUGGCAGACCCCAUGGACACGGGCAGCAAUUCUGGUAGCCCCGAGAACAGCGUAGACGUGCGCCGUCUGAGCUUCAUCAGCUUCGCAGACGUCGUGCAAGCGGAGCACCAGGGCCACGCAGGUCUGGCAGGCUCACGAGAUUCGAUCCAUCUCGCGGGUCUCACAAGCAUCCCCUCUAUGGGCGGCAUAGAUCAUCGGUCCCCGUCCCCGAUUCGCUCGCCCGUCUCCUCGACGACUGGCGGAGCAGGCACCUCUCCGCCGAACAGCAAGUCCGCGUCGCUGAGGGGCACGGAGACUUCGCCUACCCGGAAGCCCCUCGGUAGCCCCGUGUCCACGAGUCUGUCCAUGUCCCCGUCUAUCCCGCCCAUGGGCAUCCCUGGCGAGGUCAACGUAGAGACGAUGACCCAGGCACUGCGGAGGACUGGGUCAGGCGACCUCAGUGGGGUGAAGAGCCAUCCUACGAGUCCUAUUGACGGCACAUCCUCGCGUUAG